AUGGGCACCACCCCUGGUGCCAGUGCCAAUCCCCCUAGGGGGCCUUCCCAGCUCUUCUUCCAGAAGAAAGCGAGAGCCCACAGAGUCCUGCGCGUCCUGGCGGGUUUGGGAGAGCGCAGCCGCCGCCGCCGCCGUCGCGUCCUCGCAGCCCUGCGCUCCGCCCGCUGCCUCUGCCGCCGCAGCCCGGCCCAGGAGAGCAGCGCCGGGCAUUGGCCCCGCUGCACGCCCACCCUCGGGGCCGACGGGGGCGAGCCCGCGGGGGUCGUAGAGGAGCCGGGCAGCGGGGGACCCUGCUGGCUGCAACUGGAGGAGGUGCCUGGGCCCGGGCCGCUUGGGGGAGGGGGCCCCCUGCGCUCCCCUUCCUCGUACUCCUCCGACGAGCUGUCCCCCGGAGAGCCCCUGACUUCGCCCCCCUGGGCCCCCCUGGGUGCUCCCGAGCGGCCAGAGCAUCUUCUGAACCGGGUACUGGAGCGGCUGGCCGGAGGGGCCACCAGGGACAGCUCCGCCUCAGAUCUCCUGCUGGAUGACAUCGUCCUUACCCACUCUCUCUUCCUCCCCACGGAGAAAUUUCUACAGGAGCUACACCAGUACUUUGUUUGGGCAGGCGGCAUGGAGGGUCCCGAAGGGCUGGGUCGGAAGCAGGCCUGUCUGGCCAUGCUCCUCCACUUCUUGGACACCUACCAGGGGCUGCUGCAGGAGGAGGAGGGGGCUGGCUGCAUCAUCAAGGACCUGUACCUGUUGAUAAUGAAGGAUGAGUCUCUUUACCAGGACCUUCGAGAAGACACCCUGAGGUUGCACCAGCUUGUGGAGACCGUGGAGCUAAAGAUCCCAGAGGAGAGCCAGCCACCCAACAAGCAGGUGAAGCCGCUUUUCCGCCACUUCCGCCGAAUAGACUCCUGUCUGCAGACCCGCGUGGCCUUCCGGGGCUCCGACGAGAUCUUCUGCCGGGUCUACAUGCCUGACCACUCUUACGUGACCAUACGCAGCCGCCUCUCGGCGUCUGUACAGGACAUUCUGGGCUCCGUGACGGAGAAGCUGCAGUACUCCGAGGAGCCCGCAGGGCGUGAGGAUUCGCUCAUCCUGGUAGCUGUGGCCUCCUCAGGAGAGAAAGUCCUCCUGCAGCCAACCGAGGAUUGUGUGUUUACCACGCUGGGCAUCAACAGCCACCUGUUUGCUUGCACCCGGGACAGCUAUGAGGCCCUGGUGCCCCUUCCUGAGGAGAUCCAGGUCUCCCCUGGUGACACAGAGAUCCACCGAGUGGAGCCUGAGGACGUGGCCAACCACCUCACUGCCUUCCACUGGGAGCUGUUCCGAUGUGUGCACGAGCUGGAGUUCGUGGAUUACGUGUUCCACGGGGAGCGCGGCCGCCGCGAGACUGCCAACCUGGAGCUGCUGCUGCAGCGCUGCAGCGAGGUCACCCACUGGGUGGCCACCGAGGUGCUGCUCUGCGAAUCGCCCGGCAAGCGCGCGCAGCUGCUCAAGAAAUUCAUCAAGACGGGGGCGAUUACUCCGAAGCCUAAGGAGCUCUCUGAUACUCCUUUCUCCCUCCUUCAAAUCCUGCAGAAGCUGCCAGGGAAAUUCAAGAACUUGUUCCGUAAAUUUGAGAACCUCACGGACCCCUGCAGGAACCACAAAAGCUACCGAGAAGUCAUCUCCAAAAUGAAGCCCCCCGUGAUUCCCUUUGUGCCUCUGAUCCUCAAAGACCUGACAUUCCUGCACGAGGGCAGUAAGACUCUUGUGGAUGGUUUGGUGAACAUCGAGAAGCUGCAUUCCGUGGCGGAAAAAGUGAGGACAAUCCGCAAAUACCGGAGCCGGCCCCUCUGCCUGGACAUGGAGGCCUCCCCUCAUCACCUGCAGACCAAGGCCUACGUGCGCCAGUUCCAGGUCAUCGACAACCAGAACCUGCUCUUUGAGCUCUCCUACAAGCUGGAGGCCAACAGCCAGUGAGAGUGGAGGGGCCGGCCAGCCCCACAUCAAGCCCACGGGCGCCUGGCACUAAGCACUUUGCACACCGCCCGCCCCAGCCUACAGCUGCCACCUUUCCUGGGAGUCCCGUGGGAACGGGGACAGACUUACCUUCAGACUCAGAAGCCUGUUCACCCUGCUGCCCUCACCACGUCAAGCCUAAGUCACCCUUGGGCCCUCCCCACCUCCCCACCUCCCCUCGCCAGGAAUAGGAGGUGGAUAUCUCCUCCUGUCUCCUUGUAUCCUGGGCCGUUCCAGAUUUGGUUUCAAACCGCCCCUUCCUGAGCAGGAAGGAAAGCUGCCCACCCUCAGUCUUCCAGAGUGGAAUUGUGGGAGGCAUGGGGGGAGCCUUCCUCUUCAACCUUUUCUCUGGAUGGGGCUGGGGCCCUGGGCUAUCAUCCCUUGGAAUAUUGUAUUAUCGUGUGUGUGUGUGUGUGUGUGUGUGUGUGUGUGUGUGUGUGUGUGUGUGUGCGCGCGCGCGCGCGCGCACGCGCGCGCGCCCUCUGGAACAGAGCCCGCGUGCAUCUGGUGAUUGAGGGAAGGGGCUGAAUGUGCUGUGUGUAGGGGUCUUGUGUGUGGUGCUACCCUGUCGACUCUGCCCCUGGGAUGGGGUAGGGUGUCCGCUCCCACCCCACCACUCCCUGCCUGGCCCCUCCUGCCCAGGCUUGCAGGUGAAGCUGCCCCUGAGAGCACGGAGCAGAGGCAGGUGGGAGUGGUUACCUGUCUGCUCUUGUGAGAACCCUCCCCCUCCAGCCCUUCAGAAGGUCCCUGGGUGGGCUCCGGUGAGGGGUGAAGACGCUCAGGGAAACACAGGUCUCCGCUGCCCACAGGACCGUCCUCGUCUUUUGCAGUGGGGUGAGAUGCCGUGGGUUCAGCGUUGGGGUGACAGCUACCCACACUCAUGUUUUUGAGAGGUUGUCUCCCUGCUGAGAAAGGAGCUGGCUUUUCCUUCUGACCCUAGUGUCUGACACCAACCAUGUGGUCUCUGACCCUCUCUAGGUCCAAACUCCCCCUUUAUCCUCCCCAUCAGAGCUAGGGUGAGGUGGGUCUGUCUUGGGGCAGACAGGUUACGGGGAGAGGGGUCAGCAGAGACCGUAAAGGCGAGACUGGGUUUUGUUGGCAAUGCCUUUACUACCUCUCUGUCCCUGCUUCCUCCGCCGCUCUGGGCCGCCCAGGCUGAGGGGCACAGGGCCUCCUGGCACAGCCUCGCCCUCCUCCGGCUCCACCUCUUUCCCUCUCGUAGGGGCCACAGCGGUAGCCCAGGUAGCUGCUGCUCCUGCUCCGAGGUGUAUAUAUUUUUUACCAAAAGCUCUGGAAUUGUACAUUUAUUUUUUAAAACUCUGAGGGAAAGAGCCUGUAUGAUAUGUAAACAUUGUAUCAUAGGAUAUGUUGUACAGUCCUCCUGUCCCUUUUAUACAACGGUCUGUCUUGUUCCUGCCACACACAAAAAGUCUACGACAUCCCUGCCCUGCCCCAGCACACACAAGCGCUGUAUCUCAACCCACCCUCCCUUACAAACAGGCCAUCGCCCCUCCCCUGCUCCCCCAUGCGUCCCGACAAUUGCUGAUGGCUCCUCUUCCCCCUGGAGCCCCCCAAGAGCUGCCCACCUUUCUUCCUAAGCCCUCAGUAAUCUCAUGCCAACUCCCAUAAGCCUCCCAGACCAAUCGGUCCAGACUUGGACCAUGCUCACCCCAAGCCUUGUCGCCUGCCCUGGGGCCUCCUGGCCCCGACCCCACACCCCACAGCUUAACAGAGUGAACCGUGUAUACUGAACAGACUUGGUUAUCCUGGCAGAAAUCUCUGGGUGGAGAAAAAGCUGAUAAAGUCUAUAAAUCCA